CCUCCCGGACUCGGAGCGCAGGCCCACCAGCCCAACACAUCUAUCACGCGAACCGCGACCUUGGCACCCCAUGGCGACGGCGGCGGCGGCGGCGGGCGGAGGCGGAGGAGGGAAGGUGUCGUUCAAGAUCAUCCUCACCUCCGACCCCAAGCUCCCUUUCAAAGUGUUCAGCGUGCCCGAGGCGGCUCCGUUCACCGCGGUGCUCAAGUUCGCCGCCGAGGAGUUCAAGGUCCCGCCCCAGACCAGCGCCAUCAUCACCAACGAUGGAGUUGGAAUCAACCCCCAGCAAAGUGCAGGUACCAUUUCCAGAUACUCACGUACAUUUUGUUUUGGAUCUGUGUUUGUUCCUGGCAAUGUGUUUCUGAAACAUGGUUCGGAGUUGCGUCUCAUUCCCCGUGAUAGGGUUGGAGCUGGGAUUGUUUCUUUCUAGAUGAUACAAUACAUAAUGAGGAAAACUUGGCAGAAUAAGAUUUAAUGUUAGCUGCUUGGUUGUACAAUGUGACAAAGGAUAAUCUGUGACUGUGAACAAUAUAUGUUCCCUUUACAUCA